CCGUUGUGCGGUGUGGAAGCAGCAUGAUGAACUUGAAGAAGUAUUUCAUUCGAGUGCUCCACCGUCUCCAGAAGGGCCCUGGGUACACGUACAAAGAGCUGCUGGUCUGGUACUGCGAUAACACCAACACACAUGGGCCCAAGCGCAUCAUCCGGGAGGGGCCGAAGAAGAAAUUCAUCUGGUUUUUCCUGACUCUGCUGUUUGCAUCCCUCGUCUUCUGGCAAUGGGGGAUCCUCAUUACCACAUACCUCUCCUACAGUGUCAGUUCAUCUCUCUCCAUAGGCUUUAAGACCAUGAAGUUCCCAGCAGUCACCGUCUGCAAUGCCAGCCCGUUCAAAUACUCCAAGGUGAGGCACCUAUUGCGAGAGCUGGACGAGCUCACGGAGGCGGCCCUGGAAAGGAUCCUGCAGUCCAAGAACAGGGACGCAACCUCCGCUCUCCCACUGAACUCCAGUGAGACUCCCUCUCAGACACUCAACCUGAGGCUCUGGAACCAAAUCCCCUUGGUUCUGAUUGACGAGAGUGACCCAGAGCGGCCUGUCAUUAUCGAUCUCUUUGAGACCGACGAGAGUGGCUCAGGCGCCCAACCCAACAAUUCCUCCCCGGCCCUGGUCAACGUGACAUCGGAAGCAAAGAAGCAGAAGGUGGCAAUGAAGCUGUGCAGCCGGAAGGCCCUCCCCAACUGCAUCUACAGGAACUUCACCAGCGCGGCCCAAGCAGUGACAGAAUGGUACAUACUCCAGUCCACUAGCAUUUUCGCUAAGAUCCCGCGGAAUGAAACCGUUGAGAUGGGCUACCAGCCAGAGGACAUGAUCCUCGCAUGUCUGUAUGGGGCAGAGCCCUGCAGCUACAGAAAUUUCACCCCCAUCUAUCAUCCGGACCAUGGCAACUGCUACAUCUUUAACUGGGGCAAGGAUGAGGAAGCCCUGUUUUCUUCCAACCCUGGAGCAGAGUUUGGGCUGAAGUUAAUUCUGGACAUCAGCCAACAAGACUACAUUCCCUACCUCACAUCUACUGCCGGGGCCAGGCUUAUGUUGCAUGAGCAGAGGAGUUUCCCUUUUCUUAAAGACCUGGGCAUCUAUGCCAUGUCUGGGACGGAAACCUCGAUCGGCGUAUUAGUGGAUGAACUUGAGCGGAUGGGUUUUCCCUAUAGCGACUGCACCAUGAACGGAUCCGAUGUCCCCGUAAAAAAUCUUUAUAAUGAGUAUAAUACCACUUACUCCAUACAGGCUUGUCUGCGCUCCUGUUUCCAAGCUCAGAUGUUUGAAACUUGCGGGUGUGGUCACUAUCUCUUUCCUCUACCCGAAGGGGUGAGCUAUUGCAACAGUGAAGAUGAUCCAGAUUGGGCAUAUUGCUAUUCUUCACUGAGAUCAAGUAUAGGACACAGGCAGUUUUGUAUUGACUCUUGUAAGGAAACAUGCAAUGACAUUCAAUACAAGAUGACCAUAUCGAUGGCAGACUGGCCGUCAGAAGCUUCCGAGAACUGGAUUGUCCACUUAAGCAGCCAAAGAGAUCAGUCAAGAAACGCGACUCUGGACAGAAACGGGAUCAUCAAGCUAAACAUUUACUUUCAAGAGUACAACUACAGAACCAUCUCGGAGUCUGCUGCUACAACUAUUGUGUGGCUCCUGUCAAGCCUGGGAGGCCAGUUUGGGUUCUGGAUGGGAGGCUCGGUGCUGUGCCUCAUUGAAUUUGGAGAAAUCAUCAUUGACUUUCUGUGGAUCACCGUAAUUAAGAUCAGCAACUGGGGCAAGGGCCUGAAGCAGAAGCGAGCCCGGGCCCAGUACCCAGACGCGCCUCCAACAGUGUCCGAGCUGGUGGAGGCUCACAUCAACCUGCGCUGA